UCCAUGCGGAUGUGCGUCCUCUCCGUGACGCUGUAAACGUCUUAAAGCUGCAGACAGAUUCGUAUCAGCUAGGAUCUGCGUUUUAAAGCCCCACCAGAACGACCUGAUCUGCAUCCAUGAUCUGCAUCCUGCUGGUAGCCGGGCACGGCACCGUUUUAGAGACCCAGAUCAAGAAUGAUGACACAGGUCUAUACAGCCAUCUGACUGGUGUACCCAAGGCUUUGCUUCCUGGGAUUGGGGGAAAGAAGAUCCUUGACUUCUGGUGGGAAACUGUCAACGUGCGGCAGCUCUUCACUGCGGUCUACCUGGUCACCAAUGCUGACAAGUAUAAGCACUACGAGCGCUGGGCCACAGCCAAUGACUUCCCAGUGGAAAAUGUUGUGAACGACGGCAGCACUACCCUGAAGGACCAGCUCGGGGCCGUGGCCGACCUGGAACUGGUCAUACGGAGUCGCAAGCUGGAGGAUGACAUCGUCGUGAUUGCCGGAGACAUGCUGUGUGCUGAUCAGAACUUUGACGUCGCUCAAGUUAUCCGCUUCUUCAGGUCCAAACCUGGAGAGCUGAUCAUCUACUAUGAGCUGGAGGAAGGGGAGAGGGUCAGCUCCAGGGGUAUUGUGGAGGUGUGUCCUGAGACGCACAGGAUAACUCGCUUCUUGGAGAAACCGGAGGACAGGUGCACAGCGUCCCGGCUGGCCAGCGUGGUGUUUUACUGCAUCCGCAGAGACACGCUGUCCUACUUGUCCCACUUCAUCCACCUGCAGCCUCAAGCCACCGGACGCACCUUCGGAGUGUUCUGGGAGUGGCUCGUCAAUAAGAAGAAGCUCGACGUGUUUGGCAUGAAGCUUCCCACUGGCUUCCAGCUCAUUGGACAAGUGGGCCUGUCAGACUACACAAAGUGGCUCACUCACUACUCCACCAAGAAACAGGACAACCCGGCUAAGCCAAUCACAUGCCGGUCAUAUGCCAGGGUUGGGUUGAUGGGAAAUCCCUCAGAUGGUUUCAAUGGGAAAACCAUCGCCAUGACCAUCUCUAACUUCUGGGCUGAGGUUACCCUGGUGGAGAGCCAGACUCUGGCUUUAGUCCCUCAUCCACUGAAUGAUCCCACAGAGUUUGGCAGUCUGCAGGAUCUGUUCUGUAUCAGCAGGAGGGAGGGGUAUCUGGGAGGUCUGCGCCUGCUGCAGGCUACCUGCAAGAAGUUCUACCAGUUCUGCUCCAAACGAGGCAUUGCUUUGACAAAGCAGAACUUCACCCUGAAGUAUGACACCAACAUUCCUCGGCAAGUGGGCCUAGCUGGAAGCAGUGCCAUCGUUUCAGCUACUCUGAAGUGUCUCAUGAAAUUCUACAACAUCACUGACAAUGAUCUACCUAAGCCAAUCCGAGCCAACUUCAUCCUCAGUGUGGAGACUGAUGAGCUGUUCAUCACAGCUGGCCUACAGGACAGAGUGGUGCAGGUCUAUGAAGGUUUGGUCUACAUGGAUUUCAGCAAGAAGCUCAUGGAUGAACAAGGCUAUGGAAACUAUGUUUCUAUGGACAUGUGCAACCUUCCACCAUUCUGGCUGGCCUACCUGAGCGACCCCAGCGACUCUGGACGCAUCCACAGCAACAUCCGGCAGCGUUGGCUCAAUGGGGAAGCAGUGGUGGUUGAGGCUAUGCAGUCCUUUGCUGAGCUCACAGACCAGGCAAGGGCAGCGAUUAAAGACGGGGACUGGAGCCGUCUGGCACAGCUGAUGGACCAGAACUUUGAGCUGCGCAGGUCUAUCUACACCGACGACUGUCUUGGUCCUGGGAACCUCAGGAUGGUUCAGCUGGCGAGGCAGUUUGGCUCAGCCGUGAAGUUACCCGGAAGUGGGGGGGCCGUGGUGGGGCUGUGUCUGGACCAGGCGAGGCUGGUGGAGAUGAGGCAGGCUUUCCAGGAGGCAGGCUGCGUCUUCUGUGUCAUCGCACCGUACAACCCUUCUGCCAGCUCCACUGCACAGGCCUGACCCGUCUUCUCACGGCUCAUCAACGAGGCCAUGGCCCGGUCACCGUGAAGGAACACCCCCCCAGCACCAGACUGACCGUCCCGUGGACCCCCACCCCACCCCCACCCCCCAGCAGGAGGCUUUGCCUGGCCUUCCUGUCACACUGGACUCAGAGGAUCAUGAUCAGCUGCAUUAAAUGACACAAAGAUGAAUCAGGAAAAUAAGCAGCGAGGCUAUAGUGUCCUGGCUUUCCAGUAACAGGCCGACCUGCAGGGAUGCUGCCCCCACAAUCAGGACUUUAGGAUGAACACUUAGGGAAGAUCAUUUAGAGGGUCGGAUUACUGACACCAACGUUAUGUAAUUAUUUUAAGAUGUGUGCUAUAUAUUUUUAGAUAUGACCAUAAUUUUAUACU